GUGCGCGACCAGUUGCGCCGAAUGACGUUCCUCGACUCGGUGCACCAGAUGAUGAGCACGGUGGUGGGCAGGGAGAGGCAGAUGAAGACCGCCAGGGCUGUGGCCAAUCUCCUCCUCCAUCGCGUCUGCGGCGAUUCCGUUGGAGCCGAUUACGCGUUCGCCGACUACGACCUGGAGAAAGAGAUGAUCAACAGAUACGUGGUGAUCUCGCGGCGGCUGUCGACGUCGGUUUGCGAUGGUCUACUGGGGGCGCUCUCCUUUUUCUACCCAAUCACCCACUACCUCAUCCCCGUCAUCAAGGCGGCUAUUCUCGAAUCUAUGGCUCUCCUCGAAUCGUCGUACGACCGCCUCGUCCAGCCGCCCGGCGAGAAAAUCCUCCACAAAAUCGACACCUGGAUGCGAAUGGGACUCAAGGCCGGUCUCCUCCCCGCCUGCCUGUGCCACAUUGGUGAGCUGCUGUCGCUGUGCUCCUCCUACGAGGCAUUCCUCAUCAUCCACGAAAUAUACAACCAUUUCAAGCUUCAACCCGACCUCCACGCCGACGCCGAGGAGAUGUUCGCGCGAGCCGUCAGGGGCGAGGCGUGCAGGCAACAGGAAACGAUGCGCACCCCGGCCCUGUACGAGUUGAUGAUCGCCAUCCUGCAGCGGGACAUGGCCCAGCGGGGCCGCUUCUUCGAGGAGAUCUCCCUGCUCAUGCCGUCAGCCGACGCGCUAAUGGAGACUGAGGCGAACGGCUCGAGCUCGGCGGCCGCCACGGUACAGGAUAUUGCUGAACCGCUACAU